GCUCUCUUGCCCGCAUUGAUUUGAAUAAAAAACGUCGUGUGCUCCACCAAACACAGUACAACCAUCGGUGACUCAACGCAGAAUAUUUCCAUAUCCCGGAAAAUCGACUUAAUUACACUCAGCCUGUAAAAGCAGCCCAUCAGUCGCCAACAUCGCGACCGCCGUCACCCUGAAGCAACUACGCUCUCGCUCACUCAUCCGCUUGGUGGAUAGAGGAAUUCGGCCAAUCCGACAACGAUCACUCGGGAGUCCACACCGAGGCGAAACCUUCUCAAGAAGACAGGCAUCCCCUUUUGCGAUCCGCAGCUACAGCGACUUCUUCCGAUCCAAUAUGACCGUCGCUACCGUACAAUCAAGUCCAUUGGUUAAAUCCGUGGCCGACAAGUUUGCGUCAAUCGAGUACACAACUGCCGAGAAAAGUGAAAUCGACCAAUGGAUCGUCACCUCCUCGUGCAUCGCGGACCGCACCCAGGAUGAAGCCAAAUCUGCCGAGCGACUGUCUAGUCUAAACACCCAUCUUGCGACUCGCACGACCGUGCUCGGAUCAAAACCUAGUGUGGCCGAUGUAGCGAUCUAUUCAGAGCUCGCUCCACUGGUCAAGGGAUGGACGGCUGAACAACGCACUGGUGAGCACGGAUACCACCACAUCGUACGGCAUCUGGACUUCGUACAAAAUGGCCCUUUGUUCGGCUUGGAAAUUCCAGUAGAAGACAAGAUCGCCAUUGAACCUUCAGAAGUCGUCGCAAUCAUUAAGCCGAUCGACGCGAAAGCUGAAAAAGAGCGAAAGAAGAAGGAGAAGGCUGCAGCUGCAGCGGCUGGCGCAGAUGCCGCCGCUGCGGCAAACGGCACCGUCACUUCGGCCGCAAGCGACUCUGUCCAGGCUGCCGAAAAGUCCAAAUCUAAGCAAGAGAAGAAGUCCAGAGAGGUCGGUGAAGCUGUUGCUGCUGCCGUUGGAGCCGUUGUUCCGGGCGUGAAGAGGGAGAAAAAGGAGAAGCAGCCGAAGCAGCCCAAAGCGGCACCUGUGGAGAAGCCAUUCUCGCCCGCUCUCAUCGAUCUUCGAGUCGGACACAUCCUCAAGGCGAUCGCGCAUCCUAACGCCGACUCGUUGUUUGUCAGUACCAUCGCCUGCGGUGAUGCGCCUGGCACAGAAAACACGAGCGAAUACGAGGGACAGGUCGUCCGAACGGUCUGUUCUGGCCUUAAUGGUCUUAUCCCGCUGGAGGAAAUGCAAAAUCGCAAGGUCAUCACAGUAUGCAACCUGAAGCCGGUAACCAUGCGAGGGAUCAAGUCCUGUGCCAUGGUCUUAGCAGCGUCUCCACGGCUAGCUCCUGGCGAGGAGGACCACCACGCCGGCCCUGUUGAGCUUGUGGCUCCUCCAGCCGGUGCGCCUGCUGGCGAGCGAGUCUACUUCGAGGGCUUCGAAGGUGAGCCCGAAGGACAACUGAACCCGAAGAAGAAGGUAUGGGAUGAUUGUCAAGUAGGGUUCACGACUACCGCCGAGAAGAUAGUUGCCUUCGAGGCCGCCAAAGUGGAAAAGCUUCAGGAAAGCGAAUCGGCCAAGUCCAAUCUCGUUGCUCUGUUGAAGACGAAGCAAGGCACAUGCUCAGUAAAGAGCUUGACUGGUGCGACAGUACGAUAGAGUAAAUGCCAUCCCCCUGCAAUGAUAAAUCGUUAGUCACACGAGCAGUGAAACACAUUGCUCGAGCGUCUUGGUAAUGUUGCCUGUAGCACGAGUGAGGAGUGCCAUCAAUAAUAAUGAUGGGCUUCGGAUAACAUCACUACAUUUUUUCAGUGUAAUCAGCGUUGCACCUCCUCAUUGCAGAGUAUGUCAAAUCGAUGCAAUAAUAUUAUCUAUCCAUGCC